ACAUGCAGAGCUAUCACACUCUUACCCGACGAAGUACUCAUGAAGCUAGAAAAAGAGGAAAAGAUUAAGCCUAAACAGCGAUUGAAGCCUAUAAUCCAAGUCAAUGCGGCUUACCCAAAGAAGUGGGAAACCAGAGGGAUCCUCCAAGCUAGAAAAUGGACCCCAAAGGCGGAGCUUCCUACUCCAGUUCACCAAGGCUUUAUCCUCUAUUCGAAUGAAGACAUGUUAAUAUGUGGGCAAGAGUAUAUUCCAACUGGUAUUGAAAUCAAAGUACCUGAAGGCAUGUCUGCAAUGGUUAGUUCAUUGGACAACACCAGUAGCUACAUCGUUCCUGCCACACUAAUCCAAACGCACGGUCGGAUUAAAGUCCCUGUAAUCUCCACCUAUGGUGCUCGCAUAUCAGCAAAACAGCCCAUAGCCAAACUUACCUUCCUACCAAUCGCAGGAGCUCAACUAGUCGCAGCAGGACAACAAAAAGAAUCCAAACCAUCGCCAUUCACGAAGAAUUUGACACCUGAUCAAGAUGCCCAAGUGCAAGCCUUAGUGAAAGAAUACGAUGACAUCUUUGCAGAAGACCUAAUUGAACUUGGACAAACAACACAUAUUAAACAUCAAAUCCCAACCCAACCUGGUGCAGUAGCAUAUUCAAAAAGAUAUCGACAAUCCUGGGAAAAUGAAGACUUUAUUACAGCUGAAGUAGAACGAAU